AUGCGUCGCAAGACGCGCUUUGUCUGUGUCUCUGAUACCCACGGCUACACCCCAGCUGAAGCCGGCUUCAAACUUCCAGCCGGCGACGUCCUCAUCCACGCAGGCGACCUAACAAACCAAGGGAGCAUAACCGAGCUGCGCAAAACCAUCGACUGGGUGGCCGCGGCUGAUUUCGAGGUCAAAAUAGUCAUCUGCGGAAAUCACGACAUUACACUAGACCCAAACUUCUACGCCAAACACGGCCCCGAAUUCCACAAUCAGCGCCUAGAAGAUCCCCAGAAAUGCAUCGAAGUCAUAACUGCAUCGUCUUCGAUUGUGUUCCUCAGGCACCAGUCAGCACUAGUCCGCUUGACCCGGCCCAACGGCCCAAACACCAUCUUUAAAGUAUUCGGAUCGCCCUUCUCCCAAUCACCCGGGACCUGGGCAUGGGGAUACGAAUCCGUCGACGCCGUUGCCCUCUGGAGCCGCAUCCCAUUGGACACCGAUCUCGUUGUUACGCACACGCCGCCUCGUUCCCAUUGCGACCGCCGAGCGACCGGUGGUUCCGUUGGGUGCGAGGCCCUGCGUCAGGCGCUGGGUCGAGUCCGCCCUUCCCUGGCGAUCUGUGGCCAUGUCCACGAGUCGCGAGGCUAUGAGCGAGUACGAUGGUCACUGUCGCCGUCGACAAGGCCAGAGCAGGUUAUUCGUGGGGCGUUGCCUGAACCGAGAAGUAAGAAGCAAAGUUUGAUCGACCUAACGGGCAGGAAAGCGCAGCAACUGGAGAAUGACGAAUUCUUCUUCAACGAAGCGAAGAAGAAUCAGGGUGCGCUUUUCCCUCCAGCGCAGAAUAUCCUGAUCCUCCCAUCUGCUGAUGAAGUUGAGGAUUCCACAACGUCAUAUCCUCUAUCAAGACCAGACGAAUGCCCAAAUGACCCACCGAACGAUCGUUCGCGCCGACGAGAAACCUGCGUCGUCAACGCGGCGAUCAUGGCAACGAGCUGGCCUCAUCGCGGAGGGAAGCAAUUCAAUCCUCCCAUAGUUGUGGACUUGGAGCUCCCUGUAUGGCGAGAAUAA